AUGGCUUCUCCUCCAUACGCUCAAUCGUCAAGUGCCCUCUCACCAUCAUAUUCUUCGCAGUCACAGCUUCCCAUGGGUAGUAAGAAGCGUCCUUCCGAGGGCGGCCCACAACCCUCCAUCAAGCGACGUAAGGCCUCGACUCUCUCCGUCGCCUCAGCCACAUCCGCCCACCCACUCCGCCAAACCUCGUUCCCCCCGGAAGCUCGGUCGCCGCUUGCACGAUCACCCUCCGUCGACACCACAAGCCACGUGAGCGGCAGCCAGGUCAGCGCGGCCGCCGGGCCUCAAAAGAAGAAGCGCGGUCGGAAGCCUAAGAACCACGCCGCCGCCAACGGGGGCAGCCGCGCGGGGACGCCGUCCGUGGCCAGCGGGCGGGCGGGGACCACGGUCAGCGGCGCGGGCACGGCGGCGGACGGACAGAACGGCGAGGACGGCGGCGGCGUCGACGAUGACGACGACAACGAUCCCCAGAUGGGCCUGGUCGGCGGGGAUGCCAGGACGCAAGAACAAAAACAGGAAGAGAUCCGCAUGCGGGCCAUGUUGGUCGAGGCGCUCGAUCCGGACCAGAUGGAUCGCUACGAGCUUUGGCGCGCUGGCAAGCUCACCGAGUCUGUCGUCAAGCGGGUCGUCAACGCCACUGUCUCCCAAUCCGUCCCUCCAACAGUAACUCUCGCCAUGAAGUCGGUAGCCAAAUUCUUCGUCGGCGACAUCAUCGAAAAGGCCGUCGAGAUACAGUACGAGUGGAUGCACACCACGGCCGAGAAGCAAUCGGACGAGCCGUUCCCGCCGCAGGAGACGGACAAGGACGUCAAGGGGGACCUCAACCGGCUGGGCGAGCAGGACAAGCGCGGGCCUCUCCGGCCCGAUCACCUGCGCGAGGCGUGGCGGAGGUACAAGGCCGCUGCCGAGGGCGGGUUUGUCGGUACUCAGGGCCUAUGGCACGAGCAGCAGCAUGAUGGGGCGGAGCGCUUCCCUGUGCGGACUGGCGGUCGGCGGAUCUUCAGGUGA